AUGGAUGACUUCGACCUUCAAGUAUCUGCCGCAUUUGACGGUGGGUACGCUAUCCGCAUACUCGGCAUCCUACACACCCGUUUGUUAAACGAAGCGAACUUCUUGGCUUCCAUACGUGACAUUACUGAACCACUGGUGGCCAAGUGGAAAGACUCCCAAUUGACACAACUCCUUGCUGUUGAUGUUUACCCACAACAUACCUUUUUCGUGCUUGACGUCAAUAAUAAAACCUAUGACUACCAUACGGCUCAUGAAACAGCCGUUUGUAUUCCUGUCUACGUCUUGCGACUGUCUCGAGGCGGUAGAUGGAAGUUUUAUCGACGUGAGGCGGAGGAUUUGCGGGUUGCUCAGAGGAUUGCAGAUUUACACUACUGCAACGAUCAAAAUCCGCUUCCCUUUCUGGAAAACCACAUUUCUAAUGGGCCCGUAUAUGUAUCUCAUCGCUGA